AUGCAUGCACCUUCCGAAGCCUGCAGUGAGACAGAGGAUGGGAGGGAUGAGCAGGAGUUGGGCCUUCAAGGACAGCCACAGCCCUGUCAGGGAUUAAGCUCCUUUUUCUCACGCAGCCGCAAGUCCAAGCUGGCUUCGCGGAUGAAAGCUUCUUACACUGACUCCAGAAUCGUCGAAGAUGAGGAUAGCCAGGCUGAGAAAAUUGACAGAGUUUGGCUAAGCAUCCGUCCCUGGGUGUGUUUGCAUGCUUUGGUCGCAAUGCAGCGAGCGCAUCCCAUCUGCGAUCUGGCGUGUGAGGAUUGGGAGGAAGAAGGGGCAUCGGAAAGAGCUGUGCUGGCACAUUCACGAAAGGAAAACAAACCCACAGCCGACGAGUUUGCUUGGACCGCAGCUAUGGUUGUAUCUUUGCCGCCUGACUGCCUGGCCCGGGCGCUGGAGUUCAUCCACGGAGAUGUCAGCAGCGUUUACGCGCCCGAACCUCGCGUUCCCUGUGCUCGUGCCACACCCUUCUCAUCGGAAGUUAAGUCAGCUCAGGUGAGGAACUGGCAAUGCUGCAGAUACCUUCUCUCACAACAGUCGUGCUUGCAUGGCCGCGUUCUUCAAUCGGGACGUUCCGGGCGGUCCUUGUCUUUGGCCUGCUGGUAUUGUACAGCCAAUUUUCCCCACGGUCUUGUAGGCGUUGAGCAGCUCAAGGCUCAUGCAGAGACCGCCCAUGCGUCAGAGAUCUUGACUUACAUCCGCAAGACCAGGAAGGUCAAAGCCCGAAGACAGCGGGAGCGGUACCAAGCCGGUCCCGGCGGCCAGGUAAGGAGAGAUUUGGAGCUGCAGAAGCAGCUAGGCAAGCUUCGAUAA